AUGGCGAAUAUCAAUAGAGAGCCUAUUCCUGAGACCGAGCUCCAAGCUCGCCACGAAACACUGGUAUCGCAUUUAAACACCGACGACUAUAUAGGUGUUCGUUUUCAAUUUGAUUCUGUCUUGCAAGUUAUAGGUACAAUCGCCUUUACUGUCUAUGAAGAUGGCAAGUGGAGUUGGAUCCAGGAUCCCCCCAUGAGCAGGGAUCUCGGGUCUGAAAAUGUUUUUGUUCCUUACGUUACGGUUUACGACUUUGAUCGAAAGAGACUAGGCGAUUUUUUCCCCACGGAAUCUUAUACUCUUCCAGAACAAAAGCUCCUAGAUGUUGAGCUGUCCGGUAAUGAAAUUACCUUCACCGUGCGAGGUGGGACAGAAAGUGUCACUUUUAAAAAGCCAUAA